AUUAAACACUUCUGGAGGAGGGAGAAACUCAACAGCCAUCUGUGACCUCUGACCUUGACACAGCCCCUGCUCCUCCCACCACACCGGCAACAUGGGGAGGAAAAAGAUUCAGAUUCAGAGGAUCACAGACGAACGGAACCGACAGGUGACGUUCACCAAGCGAAAGUUCGGUCUGAUGAAGAAGGCGUACGAGCUGAGUGUCCUGUGUGACUGCGAGAUCGCCCUCAUUAUCUUCAACCACUCCAACAAGCUGUUCCAGUAUGCCAGCACUGACAUGGACAAGGUCCUGCUCAAGUACACCGAGUACAAUGAGCCACAUGAGAGCCGGACCAAUGCCGACAUCAUUGAGGCUCUGAACAAGAAAGAGCACCGGGACUCUGAGAGCCCAGACCCCGAGGAGCCCUUCUCCCUCACCCCCCGCACUGAGGAGAAAUACAAAAAAAUUGACGAGGAGUUUGAUAAAAUGAUGCAGAACUAUAGGCUGUCAUCUGCAGUCCAACAGCCCACCUUCUCCAUGCCAGUGACCGUGCCAGUAUCCAAUCAGAAUGUGGCGGCGGCCCUCCAGUUCAGCAACAACCCCGGUGGCGCCCUAGUCACCACCACCUCUUUUGUCACCUCCACACUCACAGACCCCCGCCUCCUGUCACCACAGCAACCAUCUUUGCAGAGGAACACCGUGUCGCCAGGGUUACCACAGCGACCAGCCAGCGCAGGUGCUCUUUUGGGAGGAGAUUUGGGGAACUCAAAUGGAGCGUGCCCGAGUCCAGUCCCUAAUGGCUACAUCAGUGCCAGGGCCUCCCCCGGCCUCCUCUCCGUAUCCAAUGGCAACAGCCUGGGGAAAGUAGCCCCGGCUAAGUCUCCACCUCCACCUAGCCCUCAGAUGGUCAACAGCCGCAAGCCGGACCUGAGGGUCAUCACCUCGCAGAGCGGCAAGAGCCUCAUGCAGCUGACAGAGGAAGAGCUGGAGCUGGUGAGUGAGAAUGCUCAGCGGCUAGGUGGAUCUCAGGUGGCGCAGACACUGACCACACCAGUGGUCUCCGUGGCAACACCUAGUCUCCUAGCGCCCUUCUCCAGCAUGCAGACGGCCUACAACACUGAGUACCAGCUGACGAGUGCAGAUCUCACAGCGCUCCAGACGUUCACACCACCAGGGCUGGUGCCUGGCAACAUGGCUGCCUGGCAACAGCAACAGCAACCAGCAGUCUCCCAGCAACAGCAGCAGCAACAGCAGCUGAGCUUGGCAUCGCUCAGUAACUUGGUUUUGGCCUCUCAGCCCAACUUGCUCUUUGGCAGGGAGGAGGGCCUCUGCUGGCCAGUGGGACACAUACCUCAGGGCACCGCGCUGACAGUCAACACAAACCCCAGCAUCAACAUCAAGUCUGAACCUGUCUCACCAAACCGUGACCGCAGCACUCCUAGCUCCAUCGCCGGCGGAGGUGGAGGUGGAGGGGCUCAGGCUCAAGUCCAGGGGCAGGGUCUUGUGUCGGUUGCCUAUCCUGGUAGCCUGCGCCUGGAAAUGGGAGGUCAAGGUCGUUCGCCUGUUGACAGCCUCAGCAGUAAUGGCAGCUCGUACGAGGGCAGCGACCGGGAUGACGGCACCCAGGGUCGAAGCGGGGGUCCGGACUUCCACCACCAGGCUGGUGCCGGGGCCCAGCAGCCCACCAUGGUCCUACUGAGGCCCUCUUCAGCUGAGCCUCAGGAGCAGGAUGGGACCAACGUCAAGAGGAUGAGAGUGGACACCUGGGUCACAUAAAGAGAUGAGCGCAGAGGGAUGGAUGGACAGAUGGAGGAUGGCUUGUGUACAUGACCCAGCAGCCCUGAGUCUCCCUCCCCAUGCAUACACACAGAUAUUAUUGUCAUCAUCCUAGUAACCUAGUGUCCACACAGGAAAUGCUGCCCUCACACACACAGACACGACACAAGCAUGCUAACAUACUAUCAUGUCACACAUGUGGACACUGACGCGCACUUGUACUGUAUGAACAUGUACUUGAACUCUAAUGUACUUUAACUCGUACACAGACACAGAAAACCCCGCGGGGCCGAGCCACCAAACCAGGGAUUAUUUGUCAAAAUAGUUAGAAUGUUGGGCUUCAUUCAGCUGUGUUUGAAUAGAAGUGGAGGAGUUUUGAAUUGGGCCGCAGUGGCAAGCCAACCCAGAAAUUUGGCCACUUUAACUUUUUCACCUGACAUGUUGGCAUUCACUCACAGAGCAGACAAACAAGCCAGCCUUGGUUUCCCAGCAUGCCCUGCAUUUGGUUAGCAGCUGCUGGUAUUCUCCCUCCCUCAUGCCCAUACUGUGUGUUUACCCACACUAGGCUUUGGUCAGACACCACAGCGCUGUAUUAAGUCAGUGCCACCACAUCUUUGUACACAUCGGCCUGAACGCUAUUUUUGCUCUCGCUCUAGAUUAUCGUUUCGGUUCUAAGAGCUCAGGCUGUUUGCUCUUCUUAAAGCGUGGAGUUUUGUCCUUCUGUCUUGAUUGUUGAUCUUUUAAGUUUGGAUUUGUUUCAGUUUUGAAUGUGAGGACACUAAGAAGAAAAACCGUCCUCCCUCCCCAGCCAAGCUGGCAGCCGGCAUGUUGGCCCUGUACCAGACUGACGACCCCCGGGUCUCUGUUUAAUUGGAACCAUGCAGACUAGCUGCAAAACCAGGAGCAUGAUUUUCUGCCGAGGUAAAAGACUGCUCUUCUGAAUCAGGGAUGAGCUGCACCAGCUCAGCGACACAUGACGUAGAUAGUUUUGCCCACGUCAUCUACAGAUGCUGAGGAAAUUGUGUGUGUGUGUGGUUUGUGUGUGUGUGUGUGUGUGUGUGUGUGUAUGGGUUUGUUACCUCACCUGGUUGUUCUUUAACAAAGUGAUUUGGGCAAAUGUCUCAGUUUCAUCCUUGAACACACACCUGCAAUGCACAUGGUGGAGGUUAUUUUUGUGAAGCUGAUGUUCAAAGAGAGAAUCACGAGGUACCAUGUAUAUAAGCAAUGUGUAACUUUUGUGGCUUUUACGUGACAGGGAUAAGGUGUUUUGAAGGUAAAAAAAAAUAGAUCAUAUACAAGCAUAUAUUUAACAGCUUCAGGUGGUAGCAAGGGCAGCUCCGUGCCCAGGGCAGGAGACUACAACAAACAACAGGGAUUGUGUACAUAUAAACUAUAUAUUCAGCAAGAUAUCCCUAAGCAACACAGAAAAAAGCCAACACUCUGAUUCUCAGUGGAUCUGUCUCUUCUUGUUUUUUCUUAUUUAUGCUUGUAUAUAAAGUGUAACAUGUUAGGGAGCCAGGAGAGGGCGCUGUGGAGGCAGAGAGGGAGAUGGCCUUGGUGGCUGGGACUGUUCUGAGUGAGCAGCGGUGAGGACUGUGUCACUGAUGGAGAGCACUUUACCUAAACCCACACCCCUGACCCACGGACACAAACACACACAUUGUGUACAUACACAUUGGGGUUACAAUAAUAAACCUCUGCUACAUAUCUAACCAUCAGCAAGUACAGAAACAAGCUUGCACUUUGUAUUUAAUACUGUUUUGUUGUGGUUUCAUAUAAUUUAUUACCACACAUCAGUGAGUAACUCAGAGCUCCUGUUAGUACUCUGUGGGUGUUUGGUGUGGCACACUGUUUGAAAUGAAUCAGUGUAAUUGAUCACAAAACAAAUGGUAAACAUUAAAGCAGAAGAAAAUGGUGAGAUAAAAUAGUAUAGACAUUUUAAAAUCUUUCUUGCAGAUGUAUUCAGAACUUCAUUAAAUAAUUUAUCAUUUUAAGGAACUGACAGAAAAAUAUUGCUGUUUUUCCCCCUGGCUGAGUAGAACCAGUUCAGCUGCUUCUACUCUGCUGCAAAGCCCAGAGUUCAGGGUCCCCCGAGGGGGAGGCUCUUCCACCCUAAUGAUUGUUAUUCAGAUAUAACGCCUACUUAUUAUUACAGUAACUUCUGGCAUGUCAUAGUACUUGAGUGUUUGCAGCUGCAGUACAACAAUGCCAGUAUUUUUUUUCUGUCAGACAUAUCAGUCAGACUCUAGACAGAGGACAGGAGCAAGCCAAGGAUGUCCCCUGCUUCUGUUUCAGAGCUUCACAUUGUCCUUUUAUUCAAAGCCAUGUACAGGUGUCCCAUAUGGUCUAUCGGUUAGGAUUCCUGGUUUUCAUCCAGGCGAUCUGGGUUUGACUCCCAGUAUGGGAACAGUUUUUUGGGGUCGCUGUGGUUCAGGAGGUUGAGAGUGUGUUGAUUCCUGUUCUCCACAUGUUGACGUGUCUUUGGGCAAGACACUGAAUCUAAAGUUGCUCCUGAUGGCCACAACAGCGCCGCCACCAGUGUGUGUUUGAGUUGGCGCUGCAGAUGGCUGCCUCUGUUCUUGUAACAUACUUGGCCAAUAAUAGUGAUCACUAUCAUUUAAUGACCUCUCCUCCUGUCACUGGUUGGCUGUAGUUGUAUAUUAGGGAGAGGUAAAAAAAAACGAUGAAAAGAAAAAAGGAAGGUGACCUAGUGGUCAACAGUGCAGAUUCAUGUUGGUUUUUCCUGAAAGCCUCUCAGUCUCCAUCCAUUUGCCUGUUAAAAAGCUUUGGAGGCAGAGUUCGGGGAUCGUCUGUUGUUAAGCCGGAGGAUUCAGAACAAGCCUUGAUCUGUUAAUGACUACCUCCCAAAUCCAGCGCAGACUUGUCGACUUGGGGUUUUACCACCUCCAGCCGCCGUAUCCUUCUCACGGCCAGGCCCUCGCCACCUCCCUCUGCCCCAUCACUCAUGCUUUCUAAUUACUGAAAGCUUCAUCACAGAACAUCACACACACACAUUUCAUCACACACUCUGUCCAGACAGUGCUGAGAUGACAGCAAGUCAAAUUAUAUUUGGGGUCAUUUCCAUGGAAAGCACCCCCUCCCCACCAAACUCCCAGUCUCAUCACACAUUACUCCCAUCAUCCUCUCCUCAGUCCAUCUCUGAUUUCUCAUUUUGCUUUUCUCCGUCUGUCACUCGCUCGCACACACUCCCCCACUCUGUGACCAGUCUGACUGUCAAUAUUGAGAUUAUUGCUUUUCUGAGCGUGUGGCAGAGUGAAAAUAACCCCCUCCUCCACCCACCUCGCACUUAGACUGUUAAGACUGUUGUGCCCUGAGCUUUGAAAAAAAAAAAAAAAUAAGAAAAAAAACUCGACCCCGUGUUUACGGCCGCAGGUCAUAGGUUUGUCAAAAAGCAGCACAGCAGCCAGUGUGAUUUAUUUGUGAGAGGGCGAUUGUGGGCUCUAGCGAGGCCCUGACACGUUCCGUAGGACGUCACAAGGGUUUGCUGUAAUGACAAACUCAAAGACAAUCGUGCUGAGAAAUCCCCCUCGCCCCCCUUUACAAAAAACAAUACUUGCUCCUGUACAAUGAUAUUUAGAAGCCUCACUCACUUUCCAGUGUUAAUUUGUGCUGGUGACAGUCUGUUUAAUUGUUCUCUGAGAGUUGAUAUUACUAUUCUUAUUAUUAUUAUUAUCAUUACCACAGCUUUCACUGAUGGUAGCUGUCAUGAUGAUAUAGAAAUCUGCGGUUUUUUGUGUAGGUUAGGCAUCUUGUUUUAUUUGGAAUUUGACUUUAUUUUAUUAUAUAAAGAUAUGCUAUAAAUAUAUUUUUUGUUUUCUCUUUUUUGGGAUUUGCUUUCUGUUUUCUUCAAAGGUUGUUACUGGUGUUGCACGAUUUUUAUGACACAAAACAGCCAACACAAGCGUAGUGAUAUUAGUACACGUGUGGCUGCGUACGCAGGCGCUGAACGAGUCGACCGCGACACAUCCGCUUCUAUGCUGCAACUUUGAGAGUAAUGUACAAACCUCUCAGUCCACACUUGGUAACAUUUUGGGGGUGGGGGGGGUUAAUGUGACACAUCUAACUUAUUUCUGAGCAAACACAAUGAUGUCAGUGCAUGGGCGUUUCAAAACGAGUGAAUCAUGCUAUAGGAAAUCAAAUGUAAUAUCGACUCAAAUAUACAUCACACAGAAAAUACAUUUAAGAAAAAAGUGACAUUGAAAAAAAGUUUAAAAUAAAUUAUAGCUAAUAUAUUGUGUUUGGCUAGUCUGCUUUUUGUUGUAAAGAUAAUUUUUGUUGUUUUGGAGAAUGAUAUACAAUUUGUGUAUAUUUUCAUAAAUAAAGUAUGCACUGAUAUGUUACUACAAAUUCUAUACUGCUUUUACAAAGGAAGUGUUUGUUAUUGUACCAAAGUAUCCAUUGGUCCCCUCUUACCCUGCUCCCAUUUUUGCGUAUGUUUUACCGUAUUUUAUAUAUUAAAUAGACAAGUUGACCUACA